UAAUAAGGGUAUGACUAACGAGGCAAGAAACUUCUCAGUCACGUUUACUACGAAUAUCAGUUGAUAGCGCUGCAUUGUACAAGAUUAAAUUGAGUAUCAGUCAAACUCACUGAGGGGGAUACAGACUCCAAGAUACUCCAUAAGAUUCAGUUCAGAUCAGGAUCAAAGGAGAGCAACCAUAUCUAUAGUAAAAAAUAAUUUACAAAGAUCCAUCAUGAAAGGAACAUAGCAGCUAUAAGCCGAGGUUAAGAGUUUUGUGACGGUUCUUUCUAGCCUUUUUGUUAUGGCGAAUAAGGAGAAGAAAAGACAUGCAUCAUCCGAAUCUACCGAUUCCAGUGAGGUAGACCCCGGGGACUACAUCCCCACCCCUCCGGAUGGGGGUUGGGGAUGGGUGGUAGUGUUCUGUUCGUUUAUGUGCAAUAUCAUUGUGGACGGACUAGGUUACUCCUUUGGAGUUCUUCUUCCCAUGUGGGUUAAUGUUUUCAAAGAAACCAGAGGGAAGGUAUCUUUGGUGGGAUCCCUACUGGUUGGAAUGUAUUUAUGUGCAGGUCCGAUCGUGAGUGGGCUAACUAACAAAUUUGGUUGCCGGGCCGUAACAAUUGCAGGAAGUGUCUUUGCAGCAGUUGCCUUCUUGGCUGCCUCUUUUGCCGACAGUAUAACAGUACUUCUCCUCACCUAUGGGUUUUUAGGGGGUUUGGGAUUUGGGAUGAUAUACCUACCUGCCAUCGUAAUCGUGGGGUAUUACUUUGAAAAGAAACGCGCCAUUGCCACAGGUAUAGCAGUUUGUGGAUCUGGGGUUGGUACGUUCAUUUUCGCUCCCGCUAACGCUAUGAUGCUUCAGGUAUACGACUGGAGAAACUUAGUGAUGAUCCAAGCUGGAAUCGUACUGAAUGCAUGUGUGUUUGGUAUGCUGAUGAGACCCCUUGAACCAACGAAGAAAAUGAAACAAUCACUUAGAAAAAUACAGAUUGAGAAUGCAAGGAAAAAAGCUCUUGGACAACGGAAACGCAACGCACAUUCUGAUUCAAGCGUGCCUGCUGCAGAUACGUUUACUAACCUAAAAGAAGUCAAAAAUAGAAAAGAAAAGGAGGAAACUAAAACAAAAACUUCAUUUAAUGAAAAUUCAAGUGGUAUUCUAAGUGAUUUAAAAGUCCGUGAAAUUCAUCCUAAAAUUGAAAACGGGUACGCCAAGACGCAGGACGGCACCUACCGUUCUGCUCCUCGCUUACACUCCACUCACCACGUGGAGAAAAGCGACUAUUCCCGUCCCAUGUACCGUCAGGACAUCUUCUACAGCGGUAGCAUUUAUAAUAUACCCCAAUUCAAAACGUCUGGAUCAGACGUCAGAGACUACAUCACCAGUACAACAAUUAUACCCGAUAUUUCCUCCACAUCCUGUUGGGACAAUUGCACGUGCCUUCCAUUAUCCGUUGUGGACACUUUAAAAGACAUGAUGGACCUUUCACUUCUUAAAGACUUUUCCUUUGUUAUGAUAUGUGUUGGAAACAUUCUUGCAAUGACUGGGUUUUAUGUUCCUUUUACAUACGUCGUUGACCAUGCUCUAAUCCUAGGUAUUCCUCAAACUGAUGCAGCAUUUUUGCUGUCUAUAAUAGGUAUUACCAACACUGUAGGCAGAAUCCUAUCAGGACUCCUGGUGGACAUUUUUAAAUUGGACGCUCUAGUCAUCAAUAACGUGGCUCUUGUGCUGAGUGCCGUCCUACUCUUCGUGGAACCACUCUGUCACACAUACGAGCUUCUGUGUGCAUUCGCAGCAGUAUAUGGUUUAUGUGUGGCUGCCUAUAUUUCAUUAACAUCGAUCAUUAUUUGUGACUUGCUUGGACUUAGAAAGCUGACCAAUGCCUUUGGACUCCUGACCCUGGCGAGAGGAGUGGCCGGGGUAUAUGGCCCACCUGUAGCUGGAGCUGUAUAUAACGCCAUGGGGUCUUACAACUAUUCCUUCUGGCUCGGGGGACUCAUGUUUGCUGCAGGGGCCGCUUGUCAUCUAGUACUUCAUCUUCCAUGUGUCAAGAGAAGAGGAAAAGAGGACGUCUCUGGUGAGAUCGUCAUCACAGAGGAGAAAGAGGUGAUGUUAGAUAAUCGUGACGAAAGUGUGUAACGGAUGUGAAGAAACUGCCAUAGAGCCUUAAAUCGACAUACAUUUCCGGAAUGAUAGGUGUGAAAUUCAUUUAUUAAUUGCCUAUUAAAGGGUACUGCGAUUUCGAGUAAGAGAUGGAAAAAUCAUUAAUGAAAAUGUGGAUGAUGCGCUGUAUUUCUUAUUCUUAAGUUGUACAUAUUUUGA